AUGAGCAAUCAGAAAGGACACAGUCAUACUGCUGGUGCUGGAACCACUGUUUCUGACAGAGACAUUGUUUCUACCUUUAAAUUACUGCUUAUUGGUGACUCUGGCACUGGAAAAUCCUCACUUUUGUUACAAUUUACAGACGACCUUUGGCUACAGCCUGAUGAGGUGUCGGCUACUAUUGGUGUAGAUUUUAAAGUCAAAGUAAUCGAUAUUGAUUCCAAAAAAUAUAAGCUUACCAUCUGGGAUACUGCUGGACAGGAGCGAUUUCGAACAUUAACAUCGAGCUACUAUCGUGGUGCCCAAGGAGUUAUUUUAGUAUAUGACGUGUCAAACAGAGGAUCGUUUGAUCAUCUCCAAACGUGGUUUAAUGAGCUUGACACGUACACUUCGAGCAAUAACUCUGUUGUCAAGAUCAUUGUAGGAAACAAGAGUGAUAAAGAUGUUUCAGGUGGCCGCGAAGUUCCUCGUAAAGAAGGCGAGGCAUUUGCCAAGAAGAUGGGAACUCUAUUCAUUGAAACGAGUGCUAAAACUACUAUGGGAGUCAGAGAUGCAUUUGUUGAGGUUGUUCGUCGAAUUAUUGAUACGCCGUCACUUUGGCAACGAAACCAGUCUGGUUCACGAACAGGCAAUGUGACUUUGGCUGCUGGUACAUCUGCUGAUGCACAAUCGUACUGCAGCUGCUGA